AUGGAUGGGAGUAGGCCCAUUCGAUGUUUGCUCCUACAUCAACCAAAUCCCAAGCGGGGGGAGCUUCUUCACCAACCAGGUCCAACUUCAUGAUGUGGGUGCGAACACUCCGCGAAACGACGACCAGAUUGGAAAUGCUCAUGGAGGUGUUGCUGCUACAAACCCAAUUCAAGCAUCGUUUGGAAAUGCUCAUGGCGGAGGCUCCGGCGCUACAAACCCAAUUCAAGCAUCGUUUGGAAAUGCUCAUGGCGGAGGCUCCGGCGCUACCAACCCAAUUCAAGCAUCGUUUGGAAAUGCCAACAAAGAUAAUGAGAUGCGUGAUGCCACAAAGGUUGAAAAGCUCCGCCCAGACAUGUCGGAUGUCACUCUCACUGUAAAGGUUGUUAGUACUAAGAUAGUAGGUAUGCCAUUUGCUGACUGCUUGGUUGGCGAUGAAACUGGAAUGAUAAUCUUCAGAGCUACAAUCGAUCAAGUGGACUUGAUGAAAGAGGGUUUGACUGUAACUCUGCAAAAUGCCAAAGUUGACAUGUUCAAUGAUUCAAUGAGGCUUGUUGUCGACGAAAGUGGCAGUGUUCAAGUUGCUGAGCCUGCCGGUUUUACUGUGAAGGAAGAUAGCAACCUCUCACUCAUUCAAGCAUCGAUUGGAAAUGUCAACAAAGACAAUGCCAUAAAGGUUGAAAAGCUCCGCCCAGACAUGUCAGAUGUCACUCUCACUGUAAAGGUUGUUAGUACUAAGAUAGUAGGUAUGCAAUUUGCUGACUACUUGGUUGGCGAUGAAACUGGAAUGAUAGUCUUCAGAGCUACAAACGAUCAAGUGGACUUGAUGAAAGAGGGUUUGACUGUAACUCUGCAAAAUGCCAAAGUUGACAUGUUCGAAGAUUCAAUGAGGCUUGUUGUCGACGAAAGUGGCAGUGUUCAAGUUGCUGAGCCUGCCUGUUUUACUGUGAAGGAAGAUAACAACCUCUCACUCAUUGAAUUUGAAUGUGUCCAGGUUUAUACAUGAGGCAUCAAAUCUCCAAAAAUGUUCUCGAAAAUGCACUCUUAGGAAGAAGAAAUCUUGAAGCUAGUACCACCCAAGUCGUUUCCUUACCUGUGUGCAGCUGAUAGUCUAUGACCUUUGGUUGUACUGCCAAAAUAGAUGUUGAUGGCUGUGAGUCCUUGAAGAUAAGGAAGCUGGCUGCUUUAUCUUGUUUACUAUCUGAUUUGUAAAUCUUUGGGAAUUAUCAAAUGUCCCUAAGAAUUUUGCUGUGUUACUUCACUUCAAAUUUCUUAUGCUGUGAAGUGUUGAACUCCUUGCAUUGUUUGUAGUCUUAGGAAUUAACUUCUACCCCAAACCCUAGUGGUGCUUAUUCUGGGUAGUUAAGCAGAGAUCAAGUGUAAAUGUCAGUUGGUGACUCAAAUCCAUGUAUUUGGCUUACUUGUUUGGAUUUCCUAGCAGGUUUCAACAAGUCUUUAUUUCUUA